AUGGCGGACGAAUUGUCUAGUCUUUACGAGGGCCUAUGCCUCACGGAGGAGGAGAAACAAGAAAUAUCCAUACCAUCAAAGGAAGUUCAAGUUUCCUUUGAAAAAAGCAAGAAAUGCUUGGCUGCCCACGUUGUCGUAGAAAAAGAAGUCAAUAGGGGAGCUUUUCAGGCUACUAUGAUCAAGGCUUGGAAAGUGGAGGGUCAGACUUCCUUUAAGAAUCUUGGUUCCAACAGGUUUUUAAUUGAGUUUCAAAACUCUAAGGACAAAGAAAGAGUAAUGGUGGCUAGGCCCUGGUCUUUCGACAGAUCCUUGGUCUGUCUCUUUAACUGUGAAGGCUGCUUGGCUCCUAAGGACAUAGCUUUCAAUGAAGAACCUUUCUGGUUGCAACUGCAUGACUUGCAUUUUGCUGGCAUGAACAAAACCAUGGGAGAAAAGCUAGGUGCUGCUGCAGGCACUGUGCUAUCGGUGGAUGUAGAUGCCAAUGGAAUGGCCUGGGGCAGUUUCCUCAGGGUUAAAGUACUGGUUAAUAUACUGAAACCUCUCACCCGUGGUAGGUUUAUCACUAUGGGAGAGAAACGUUUUUGGAUACCCUUCAAAUACGAAAGACUCCCCAUGUUCUGUUUCCAUUGUGGUGCCAUCAAACACUUGGGAUCCUCCUGCCCAGCAUCACCUUUGAGAAGCAAGCCUCGUGAAGAAACAGUAUCUCAGUACGGCUCUUAG